AUAUAAAAAACCAAGAAGCCGAAUGUUACUCCACCUCCCGGCCCACAGGGAGAGAAGAGAAGGAACGACUAACGAUCGUUCCGUGGAGAAAGUGGAUGGAGCUAGGCACGGAAGCGCAGAAGCUGGUGUGGGAAGGAGCGAUUCCUCUCCAGAUUCAUCUCCACGAAUCUGAAGUCACAACACUCCCUCCUCCUCCUCCCGCUCUCGUUUUAGGUCCUCGGAUUGGCUACCUGCCUUUGUUAAUACCUCUUAUAAAGCCUCAUUUCAAUUCCACACUUCCUCCUGGGGUUGACACUGUGUGGUUUGACUACAAAGGAUUGCCACUUAAAUGGAAUACACCAACGGGAGUUCUCUUUGAUCUUUUAUGUGCUGAACCAGAAAGGCCUUGGAAUCUUACGGUUCAUUUUAGAGGAUAUCCUGGGGAUGCUUUGACCCCCUGUGAUGGUGAAGAUAGUGUGAAGUGGAGCUUCAUUAAUUCAUUAAAGGAGGCAGCAUACAUAAUCAAUGGGAACUGCAAGAACAUCAUGAAUAUGUCCCAAGCUGAUCAGUUGGAGCUGUGGCGAUGUGUGGCAAAAGGCAACAUGGAAGGGUACCUCAAGAUAUCAUCUAAGCUUAAACUUGGAACAGUUUCAGAUGAGUGUUCUGCACAGCCUCAAAAAAACAUUGGUGAAACUGAUGCCAUCGUUCCCAGCCGAGCAGGCAGAAUUCCCGUUCGGCUUUACGUGCGGAAUGUUGGUGAAGAUCUUGAUGAUUUAGAAGAUGCAUCUACAGUUGAUAGUUGGGACAAACUCAUCUUCAUAAACCUAGCGGUUGAGAUUCGCAAGGAAGAAGGCAAGUGUUUCACUUUACGUGAUGCAGUGAAGACUCUUCUACCUGAUCUUUUCAUGGAUGAGCCCUCAAUCGAUGAACAAAUAUCGAGAAUGGAGAUGGAGGUCGUUUCGAGAGUCAGUGAAACAGAUACAUCGAGCCAUGGGGAUCCGGGAUAUGUAAGCAGCACAAGGAGUGAAGGGAUAGAAGAAGCAUCAGAUAAGCAAGUGCAGCCAUCCCCAAGAAAGGCUGGGAUUAAGCUGAUUCGCAUUCAGGGAAUUGAACCCAGAUGGGAUGUCCCAUUCUCUUGGGUCGUUAACAACUUGAUGAACCCGGAAUACUUUCUUCAUAUCUGCGUAUAUGUUGGAGUUUCGACAGAUCAAGAUGAAGCUGGGUGACGAUGGUCGUGGGGUCUCUUCUUGUAAGAAAUUUCGGAAUUUCAUUUUUUUACUUACUAAAAUCAAUUGUUAUGUAAAUGGGUGGAACAGUUUUUGUUUCCGAUAUCAUUCUACAAGGUUCCGAUCUUUGUGAUAUCUGUGAUACUGGAAGGAAAUCGGGAUGUUUGUUGUUUCUAACUCAAUGGGUUGUAUAAAUGUACAGACAGUGGCCUGAUAUCAUUCAAUGGGUAUGCGUUCUUGUUGCUGCC